AUGAAUUCCAAAGCAUUGAAUGCCAUAUUCAAUGGAAUUGAUAUCAAUCAAUUCAAAAUCAUCUCAGCAUGUGAGUGUGCCAAAGAAGCAUGGGAAAAAUUACAAACAGCUUAUGAGGGGACAGCCUCUGUUCGAUUAUCAAAACUUCAGAUGCUCGCUACUCGCUUUGAGGAUCUUCGAAUGGAAGAGAAUGAAACCGUAAGCGAUUUUAAUUCAAAACUAUGCGAUAUCUCGAAUGAAGCUCAUGGUCUUGGUGAAACCUAUCCUGAAGUCAAGCUUGUUCGUAAAGUGUUGAGAUCAAUGCCAGACCAAUUCGCAUACAAGGUCACAACCAUUGAGGAAGCAAAUGAUGUGGACUCAUUGCGACUUGAAGAUCUGAUCGGAAAUUUGCAGACAUUUGAGAACAAGUUGAACAUCAGCAAAAUAGAUAAAGAAAGAAAAAUUGCUCUACAAACAGUCGCUGCGACAACUUCAUCAGUGUCCCCAGUUCCCAUGACAGCACUCGAAGUCAAGCUAACAAAAUCCAUGUCUCUAAUAGCUAAAAACUUCGGAAAACUCGUGAAUAUGAAUGGAAAUCCUACAAGUUUUGAAAGAAAACUCAGAAGUCCUACAAAUAAGCAAAAAGUGAGGAAGGGGAUUCGAUGUAGAGAAUGUCGCGGCUAUGGUCAUAUUCAAGCUGAUGAAGCAAGUGAUGCUGAAACAAGUAUUGACUUCUGUGGUACAUGUAGGGUUACUGGCGUGACACAAGAUGAUGUCACAUGCACUGAGCCGUCGCACCUUAGGAUCACUAGAGUGACACAGGAUGAUGUCACAUGCACUGAGCCACCACACCUCAGGUAUGCUACUCGUUAUCUCGAGAAUCAUAGAAAUUUAAACACAAUUUUUUUGCCCACAGGAGAAGAAGAUUCAGAAGAUGAUGAAGAAUGCUCCAUUGAGAUGAUUCAACAGCAACUGAACGAUCUUCUAAAGCAAUGUCAUGAGGUUGGUGAUGAAAACAAGCGUUUGAAGGAGAAAGUAAAGGAACUGGAAGAGGAGAAUGAAGCAUUUAAAGUCAACCUGAAGGCCAAAAUCGAUGAGCUUGAAUUGGAAAAUGAGGUACUAGAGGUAAAGCAGGAUUUUUCCUUGAAAGAUAUUGACAAUCUAAAAGAAUUGCUGAGACAUUUGCGAAACAACGAUUGCAAUAAGACAAGGCAGAUCAAGAAAAAUCAUGCUCCAAUGAAAAAUGUUGAACCCUGCCUCAACCUGAAGUGUGACAACUCCCCUAUUGCAACAACGUUAGAGGCGUCAGUCAGUAAGUUAAAUCGCACUACGAUUCUUCCUUCCAACAGUGGUUGCUCCAAGCAUAUGACAGGUGUACCUAAUUACUUAAAAAACCUGCAUAAUGUGUCUGGUGGACAAGUUACUCUUGGUGAUGGAAACAAGACCUUUGUGAAAGGAGAAGGUAACUUGGAUGUUGGAGGAUUACCUAACCUUGACAACGUUCUGUAUGUAGAGGGUUUGAAAUCAAACCUACUCAGCGUAAGUCAGCUAUGUGAUCUAUACGACUCAGUGUUGUUCACCAAGCGUAAGUGUGAAGUGUUUGAUCAAAACAACAGGUGUGUUCUAUCUGGUUAUAGAUCAUCUGAUAAUUGUUAUAAAAUUGAUCAAACUGACCAAGUUGAACAGUGUCCCCACACCACCUCUGAUACCACAGAUCUGUGUUGUCAUCGACUGGGGAAUUUGAAUUUUCAGGAUCUAACACCAAAUAUCAAUGCAGGUAUUUGUGCUAGGUACCAAGCAAGCCCUAAAGAGAGUCAUUUGAGUGUUGUAAAUCGCAUUAUCCGAUAUGUCAGUGGAACACCCGAAUUGAGAAAAUGGUAUUCAAAAGAUACUAACAAUUGUCUUGCAGGGAACAGUGAUGCUGACUGGACAGGAGAUGUGGAUGACAGAAAAAACAUCACAGGAGUUAGCCAUGAUAGAAGUGUGCUGCCCCCUCUAUCGGGAGUGAUCAAUGUUUAUGACCUCAUUCAUCUCAAAGAUCAUACCUUUAUUGGGAGAAUUAUGCUACCGCAUAUGCAUCCCUGA